AAUGAGACUGUGAGCAUUAUCAUCUUCUGAGAAAGACGAAACUAUCUUUAGACUUUUCCUACAGUGGGAGUUCAUUUUUCGGUGGAUGUAUCCUGGUCACAACAGUCGAUGUUUCCAGGCUGUGGCUUGGAGUCCACUCUGCCUGUCGACAAUGAAACAUUGAAGGAAUGAUGCAGGAAUGCGCGGUGGUCGCUGGCUCCCUGCCUGGAGGAGAAGUAGACUGGGAUACGGAAUUUGGUCACCCAAACAGCACGUCCACUCACGUUGUGUCGGAGCCUCACCAUAAAGCUGCGUCCUGUGUUGCAGGACGUUAUCUCAAAGGUGCUGUUCUUGGCGAAGGCUCCUAUGGCAAAGUGAAAGAGAUGCUGGAUGUUCUCUCUCUCCAUCGACGAGCUGUUAAAAUUCUGAACAAGAGGCGACUGAGAAAAAUUCCUAGUGGAGAGUCUAAUGUGGAACGGGAAAUACAACUUCUACGCCAACUAAAGCAUGAACAUGUUGUCAAGCUCAUCGAGGUUCUCUACAAUGAGGAGAAGCUCAAAAUAUAUAUGGUCAUGGAGUAUUGUGUGUGUCCGCUUGAAGAGAUACUAAAGAGCACCAAGGAGCAAAAGUUUCCCAUCAAGCAAGCUCACAACUAUUUCUGCCAGACUAUAUGUGGAGUUGAGUACCUGCACAGUCAGCGUGUGGUGCACAAGGACCUGAAGCCGGACAAUCUGCUCUUAUCUCAGCAGCAAGUUGUCAAGAUCUGCGACUUUGGUGUUGCCGAGCGUCUGGACUUAUUCAGUAUUGACGACUCUAUACACACGAGCCAGGGAUCACCGGUUUUCCAGCCACCAGAGGUCUCACUGGGCCAUGACUCGAUGUCGGGUUUCAAGCUCGAUGUUUGGGCAGUCGGUGUCACGUUGUUUCAUUUUGUGUCUGGGGACUAUCCAUUCAUGGGAAACACAAUUUUCCAGCUCUUCGAGACGAUAGGGAAAGGUGUUUAUACCAUGCCGCCUGGUCUAUCGGAGAGCCUACAAGAUCUUUUACGAGGUAUGCUGGAGUACGACGCAAGCAAGAGACUCAGCGUACAUGCCAUCAUGCAGCAUCAGUGGUUCACAUCAGCGCACUCCUUGCAGAAGAAGGAAUCUUGGUUACCCAUUCCGCCUCUGUGUGACUUUGAGCAUGACCCGCUGCGUGGCAUGACGUGCGUGGAUGCUCUGAUGUCCCUGCACCAGCACAACCUGCCCACGUGUCCGCUGUACCUGUCUGAAGAUCACAUGGUUCACCUGAUGAGCAGCGCUGGUCAGCACUCCGUCCUCGGCUCCUCACAAGUUCUACCCGACAGCAUACUGGAAGCCGUGGGCACGUUCAGCGUGAGCUCGUCGUCCGAUAACAUUGCACACAACCGCCCGCUGCAAUCCAUUGGCUCGGUGUCACGAGAGGAUAGCUUUGGCAUGGACAGUGUGCGUGGUAUUUCCACCCCUGAUGCUGAAGCAGGCGAUAGCGUGUCAAAGUGCAGCGACUCUGUUGUGAGCCGGCGGCAAACGUUUUUCAAAUCCCGAGACAAAGUUUCGGGUCCGUCGUCAUCCGAUUUGAGCAAUGUCAGCAUCCAGCUCAGUCACCGGAUGUCCGACUCAUCGAAUCCAUCGUUCAUAUCCAGUGGGAGUAAGCGUAACAGCACGCAUAGCCACACGGGUGGUGCUGAGUCGUCGGCUGGUCCGAUGUCCUUAGCCUCACAUCGUGCGCUACGCCCGCAGCUCAGUCCCAAUAGAGAAGAGGACGAUGGCGAAGUCCCAACUGUAGAUGGUCCCACCGCUAAUGGUAAGUCAUCAACUUCUGUUGUCACAGCAGGAGAUGAGCCCCAAUCGCCAACGCACUGUAGGCAGGCGUCAGCAAUUGAUGGUUCCUGCAAGAAAGCCAUUGCCAAUCGGAAAGCGGACACAGGUGCGGGUAAUGCUGCUUCUGUGGCGUCCGCGCCUGCUACGCCGACGCAACGCCACUCGUACAAGCCAUUAAAACGAAUGCGCAAGGCCGUGCAGUGCCGCCAACAAUAGUAGAAGCCAAGUUGUGCUGAGCACACAUCCCUCCUCCUCCUCCUCCGCCACCACUGUCGGUCUCCAGCAUGUAUAUAUGUGAUAAACCAGACCUCAUAUCUCCGCAUAUAGCCGAUCAUAGUCUGCUCUCGUAGCCAUAAAUUAGUAUUAUAUCAUUCACUCCGUUCACUUGAAAUUCUGCAUCUGAAAUUAUAACAUCCAUUCACAGCCUUGGGAGGAUGCACCUCAAUAAUAAGUAUCCUCCUUGGCAGCACGAUAACUAGCGUUUGAAGCAUGUUGACACCGAAGCAGAGCUGUUCUAUCGCCGUCAGUUCAGAAUCCAGUGUGUCAUGAACUAAUCUCUCAAAUCACCAUAUUCCAAUCAUAUUCAGUUUACACUGUCUUUCUCUCUUUCUCGCUCUCGCUCUCUCUCUCUCUCUCUCUCUCUCUCUCUCUCUCUCUCUUUCCUCAGCAUGUUGAGAUCUGACCUAUGCAAAAAAUUGUAUAUAACGUAACGAAACAUAUGCCUCACUUCUCAUACCGUUUCUCACUAGACCUUUUAUAAAGACUUCUUUCUUUUCUAUGUUUUAUUGUUGUUAGUACUAUAGUAAAUCAGCGGACUCAGCUAUGUAAAUAUCUUUAGGGCAGCCGAGCAACACGCCUCGUUGCUCUUCUCUUGCGUGUCGUCUGUUCUUGUUUUUAAAUAUGUGAUCUAUACUUUCUAUGGCCCAGUCUUUCUUCCAUUGUUAUCAGUUUAGUUAUCUUGUCGUUGAACUGGUGGUCUUUUUUUUUCUUCUGUCCAUUCAUUUCAACUCUCUGUUUGUUCUCCAACAGUGUGUGUUUCUUCUUUACCACUGAAUCUAUUUAGACGCAAAGGAAUCUUCCUUCUUCCACGCCUACCACUCUA